AUGGCAGGUCCUCCGCAGCCACUGUCACGAUCUGGCCCCUCAAGGAUAUUGCGUUUUGUCAUAAUUUUCUUAGUGGCAUUGAUCAUACUCGUUGGCCUUGCCGUGCUCAUUAUCUGGCUAACUGUUAGGCCGAAACGACUGAGCUACACGGUGGAAAGCGCUGAGGUCCAUAACUUCGACAUGACCGACACCCAACUCAAUGCAUCCUUUAGUUUUGGGGUAAGAGCAUAUAAUCCCAAUAAACGAGUCUCGGUUUACUAUGAUUCCAUCACUGCCACAGUUGGGUUCGGUGAUCAAGACUUGUCUUUCGGCGUGCUCAGUCCUUUCUACCAACCUCACAAAAACGAGCAAUGGUUGAACAUCCACCUCAACGCUCAAAACUUUCUAUUGCACGACUCUGUGUCGAAGGAAUUGGCACUUGAAAGGUCAGCUGGAGAGAUGGAUUUGGAUCUUUGGAUCAAGGCAAGAAUUAGGUUUAAGGUUGGGGUAUGGAAGUCCGCGCAUAGGACGCUUCGAAUCCGGUGUUCGCCGGUGAUUGUCUACUUGUCUAAAUCCAAGACUUUCAAGAAGACUACUUGCUUUACAGAAGUCUAA